CAAGGACAAGACGGUUGUUUAGGCUUCUUUUUGUUUAUGGGUAGGAGACAGGAUGGCUCCCUGGGAAGACUUCGACAGUAUCUUCCGGUUCAACAAGAACUUCGUGUACGAUGGCAAGAUUAUUGAGCAGAUCCUGUCGAACCGCCGGGCCUUGGAGAACCAGCUCUUCGUGGACCGACUGCUGGGACUGCUGGGCGUGAAGUCGGUCACCAAGCUCUAUCCGCCACGAUCAAAUGCCGAUCUACGAUCCCUUGUUCAAAACAUCGUUUCCUCGUCGUUCCCCAGUCAUCAAAAGCAGGCGGUGAUCUACUACAUCCUGAAGGACUGUCGUGCGGCCAAUGAUGCCGCGGCGCAGUUUGCGAACAAGUGCCGUCUACCUGAGAAGUACAGGCUGUUCAUUGAUGGGUUGUGGCACUUGGACAAAUUGGAGUUCAGGCGAGCUCUUGAAAACCUCACAGAGCCAUCUCUCAUCCCAACGUUCCCCGACGAGAUCCUCUACGUCCUAUCUCUCUCGCAGCUUCCCAAGCACGAUGACAGCCUCGUUCUAGCAUACUAUCUGAGUGCUUCGCCGCCUCUAGCGUCUGAAAAGGUCCGAAACGCGUUCUUCGACACGUUAUGCCGUUCCAGCAUAAGCGAGGCGUUCUAUUUCACACGGUCACAUGGCGAAGCGCACCGUCGGAGCUAUCUCGAACGGCUAAUCCUGUUUGUACACAAGACUGGUGGAGGGCCUACACGUAGCAGGCGGGCGAUGGAAUUGAUCAACCUACCACUCGACUCAAAGGAGGAGCAGUGGUUCGAAGAAGUUCUAUUGCACGGAAACGCCAAGACACUUCAAGGAGCAAAGGACACGGUCAUUAUGCGACGUCUUGCCACGGGAAAGAUGCAAGAGCUCACCACAGAGCUGGAAUCGCUAGGUGGGAAACGGAUCGACGGGCUGAAUUGGGAUGACUUGAAGCAAAGCAUGAGACACACACAGCCGUUCCCCCCGUCCGGCACUACAUGAUCUUGAGGUCGACUAAAACAGCGGUUAAAUCCUUUUCUAAUUCAGCACGGCUGGCGAUGUUGGGUAGGAGUUUGGCGUUGAGGUGGCAAGCUAUUUUCAUGCUGUAUGGUACAUAAUGCGCUACCUAGAUAUUAGAUUAAAUGAACAGAAUAAAGU